CAUGAGUGAAUUACAUUCCACUACCUACCUACAUAUAUACUUCAAUUAGGUAAUGUUAGCAAAUAUUAUUUCGUAUCCAUUUUCGGGGGCUUAAAAGUCUCAAUUUGUUUUCAACGUAGCGAAUUCAAAGGCACUUAGUAAAAAGAUGCUUCUCACAUCCGGUCAAGUCUCAGUUGCAAUAUCUUCUUUUAUUGGUACGUGCCAGCAUCCUUUUGCCGCAUUCCUAAAAGACUAUCUCACACACACUAUUACAAUGCCAUCCCAUCUCAAAUGGCCAUGAUUUAAAACUAACCCGAAAGCCUUCAGUGUUUUUCUUUACUACAGCCCUCUUCCUCUCCGGCUAUGUCCUCCAACAGCAAACGGUGCGCGACCUGAGAGAGGCUAUUAAACCCCAGUUUCAGGCAAAAUUGGUAGGGCUGGAGGUUUCAAAUAACUUGAAUAUGAAUGCCGAUAGGAGUGGAAGGAAAGGUCAGGUGGAAGUUUUCCUGCCAAAAAAGUUUGAGGUGGAAGAGGAGCGGGGAGAUGAUGUGAAAGUGGGGAUUAAAAGAGACAUGGAAGCCGAAUGGGAUGGAGUGAUCGGAGAAAGAAAGAAAGUCGAAAAGACGAGGAGUGGGAAAACUAAAGACUGGAGUGGCAUUGAGGAAAGGCUCAUUGAGCCACAGAAGAAACAUGGAGUUGAGGAAGAGGAAGAUCCUGAGUCGAUAAAUGAUACGGGAAGCAUUGCAAGGGAAGAAAGAGAAAUCACAGUUCCGGAGAAGCCUUUAAGUCGUGCAGAAAGGAGGAGAAAGAUCAAAGAAGACCUCUUGACAUCUGGAGAAGGGGAAACUUUCACUGGGUAUCGGAGGCGUGUUCCGGGAGUCUGAGUUUGACAUGGGAACUUCGGUGUAUGGAUAGGAGAUUGUAUUUUAUGAUAUGAUGUUGUAAAUUUUUGGAUUUUAGCGUUUGGGACUGUUGUUUAGUAGAUCACAGAAUCAAAGACAGUAAAUGUGUCUUCAUUAGUUCUACGAAUGGAUAUAGGAUGACAUAAGAAAGAGUUAGUGGUAAAUUAUAAAGGGUA